AUGCAUGCUAUAUUUGGACAUUUCAAAAAUAUCAAAUAUCUUGGUUUAAAGAACGACAUAGCUAGUUCAAGUGCUACCCGAAAAGAUUUAAGUUACCAAGACAACUUGCGCAAGUGGUGUAAGGCACGAAAUACCAACUUUAUAGUGUCCGACACUUGCAUUGGAGACACUAGACACGAGAAACCAUAUUAUUUCUUAUCAAACGUAGUAUCAGUAGGUAAUCAUGAGUCGUUCAGUAGUUUUGCACUGGUCAAUGAAUUUAAUAAUCUUACAGGUUUGAAUGUUUUUAUCACGAGCGAAUUAGGUAAAGCAACCGAGAAAAGCGGAGGAGCAAUUUUCAGGGAUAUUCAAGCCAUAAAGCCAAACAAGGCAAUUGAAAAUGUACAGUUCGAUCCCAAAGAUUUACCUGAAAUUACACUUUCUUAUUUCAUCGAGAGACCAAAUCUAAAUGCAGCCACAAAGACGGAGUGGGCAACUAUGGAGGCUAUUCAAUUGAGCCAAUUCAGGUUAGAAGAAGUCACAUAUUUUACAGAAGGAUAUCAAUUCAUUGAGAUUAUAAAUAAGAGAUUCAAAGAUAUAUUUGAGUUGUUCACCCGUCAGUCUUUGUCUGCAAACAUAAAGGCGUACACAUUUGACUCAGUCAUGAUUCCAAAUACUACUAUCAAUCCGUCUUGUACAGUUGAGUUCAAAAUAAAGGAUAUGACAGAGCUUGAAAACGUUGAGAAAGGGAAGAGCGUAUCAGUGAUUAACCAAUUGUUUGAUUCAGCACUAGCCACUAGCACAAAAAUUGCGUACCUUUCACACCACUGGAAGUAG